AUGUCUAGUAGAAAAUUAGACAAGUCAAAGUGGAAGGUGGAGGGGCACAGAAGGAGCCCAAGAAUAUCUGCUUUGGAAUGCUGUAAGGCUCAGCGGCCGAGACUCCUGAGCAUCACUGGUACAAGUACUACUGGCACUGCUGCUACAGCUACAGCUCGUAAUUUUAGUGCACAGAGAAUGAAGCGCAACUUGGGUAACGGUGAGGGGCCAGCUUCCAGAACAAGGGCCAGAAAGAAGAGUAACCUCGGACCUGUUCGAGAAGAAACCAGCCAUGAAGAUCACCAAACUAAUAGUGAUCAACAGGUUGUGCGGGGUAAAGAUCUUAAGCCUGGAGUUCAUGCUGCCUCUACUGAUCAACCAUCCACUGAAUCUUCACUGCAGUUGCCGGAAAAACGCAUACUUGAGCUUAUCCUUGACAUAUUACAGAGGAGAGAUACCUAUGAAAUAUUUGCGGAACCAGUUGACCCAAAUGAGGUUGAGGGUUACUAUGAAAUCAUCGAAGAGCCUAUGGAUUUUGGGACCAUGAGGGCUAAACUUCAUGAAGGAAUGUAUAGAAAUCUUGAACAAUUUGAGCAUGAUGCAUUUCUAAUAACAGAAAAUGCAAUGCAUUUUAAUUCUACAGCUACCAUAUUUUUUAGACAGGCUCGUGCCAUACAUGAGCUAACUAAGAAGGUAUUUUAUGUUUUGGAAACCUAUCCUGAGAAAUUUGAAUUAGAAUUCUCAGAGACAAGACAAAGAAGUGGUAGGAGGGCGCGAGGAGAAGCUGGGAGGUCAGCUUCUAGUUCAUAUCCUAAAAUUGCUACAAACAUGAAAUCCCAUAGCAUGAAGAUAGCUGAAUUUUCUAAAGCUAUUUCAUGCUCACUUAGUGGUUCAUCAAAUGUCAGAAGAUGUCAAGUAAAGACAGGGUGCUCUGGCACUUUUGAUGCAAGAGAGCACAGAGUUCUUUCUGGUACUCAAGAUGAUAGAAGAUCUAGAUCUUUUGAAGCAGAUCCACGCUGUACAUAUAGACCUUGGACAUCCUACCUCGAUGAGAAUGAGUCAACUGGUUUGACACUAUCUAGUAAUUUAAAACAACUUGAGCAUGCGAAUCAGCAGGAUAUUGGUUACACCGAAAGCUUGAUGUUGUUUGUUAAGGACUUGGGACCAACAGCUCAGAAGAUUGCCAGAAAGAAGUUACUUGGAUCUUUCCAGUUGCAAAAAAGUCAGAUUCCUUUGGCAUCUACCUUUACCCAAUGGGCACCUAGUACUCUGAGUGAUAUAUUUGCUUCAUCACAAUCUCAAAACUUCCAGGGCAACCUUCAUGGGCAUCCUUCUGUCAUGAAGAGCACUAGUGACAGUUUCCAUUCAUGGGAUGCUGAUAAAAGAGAAAAGGGAUCUUUAGGUGGUGAAAUUGGCAUCCAAAGUGGCAAAGUUGCAGUGGCAUCCAGUAGUGACAGAAAGAACUCACAUGGUACUUUUGGAGGGAAAAUUCAGUCCAGUGAAUUUCAUCAGAACAGAAGAAAUGAGAUUCAGUUGGAUUCUUAUUCCUUGAAAACUCAUGCUGCAGACAACAGUUGCUCAGUUUUUGGGUUCAAAAACAUUGGCAGCAACUCAACACCACUUAUACUGAACCAAUGGAAGUCGGUUAAUCAAACACAAUCAUUGGAGCCACCUUCAGAUUCUUUUCAGUCAAAUUUGUUGGAACCAAGGUUGAGAAACUUGGGAUUUUCAAGUUUUAGUCGAACAAAGAACAAAUUGAGUUCGUUUCAUUUGAGAGGAGAUUGCGAUCAAACCAAAGCUGAGACAAGCCAAGUGUCAAAAACAGACCAAGCCAGGCCACCGGUUCGCCAGUUCACAUUUGAUCUGCCAUAUUUGAGAGCCCAACUUGGUAAGCUAAAUUCUUCGGGACAAGAUAGAUUCUUGCAGAAAGGUUCAGGUGCUGAGCUGAUCUUGCCUGAUAAAAAUAGUCAUCAGAGAGCUUCAACCUGUACCCGCCAUUUGGAGAUGAGAAAGCCUUAUAGUGAUUAUCAAAACCAGCCUUCAAUGGAUACUCAAUACACUGAUUUAGCUCUUCAGCUGUAA